UGGGUUUUUAUACAGACAGAGUGCCAGUGUUUGUGAUGGUGGAAGAUUCAGUCACUCUAAACACAAAUGUUAAAACAAACCAACAAGAAAAGAUUAAAUGGUUUUUCAACCACACUCGCAUCGCUCAAAUCAGUGAUUAUCUCAGUAAGACCUGUACAGAUGUUCAGUGUAAUGAAGGUACUGAGAGAUUCAGAGACAGACUGAAGCUGGAUCAUCAGACCGGAUCUCUGACCAUCACAAACAUCAGAACCACAGACCCUGGACUGUAUAAACUACAGAUCAUCAGCAGUAACAGCAUCAGUGAAAAGAUCUUUAGUGUCACUAUUCAUGAUGUUCCUGGCUUAGAGACGGAUAAAACAAAGGCCAAGUCAGUGAAGGAGGGAGAAACUGUCACUUUUGAUCCUGGUGUCAUAAACAACCCAAAUUAUUUGAUGAGAUGGUAUUUUAAUGACAGUCUCAUCACUGAAAUCACUGGAGAUCAGAGUAAGAUCUGUACAGAUGCUGAUGAGAGAUUCAGAGACAGACUGAAGCUUGAUCAUCAGACUGAAUCUCUGAUCAUCACAAACACCAGAAGCACAGACUCUGGAGAUUAUCAUCUUGAGAUCGUCACCAACAGCAGCAGCAUCCGCCGUCAGUACAGCGUCAGAAUUAUCAGCGAACAGAGCCAUAGUGAGACUGUCACAA